UGGAUAAAUAUGUGACUUUUUAUAAGAAACACCAUGUGAAUAUUAACGCGAGGCUCGCAGGGAGAAGGAGAUGCUGGGCCCCAAGCUGGAAACACACUGAACUUCUGUUUGUAGCCUCCUCUGAUCAUCUGUGUCUGCAGUCAGUGACAUGUCUCUGGCUCAGAGGGUUCUUCUGACCUGGGUCUUCACCCUGGUUUUCCUCAUCAUGCUGGUACUCAAACUGGAUGGGAAGGUGCAGUGGAACUGGUUCCUCAUCUUCCUCCCCGUCUGGGUCUUCGAUGGCAUCCUCAUCCUCAUGCUCGCCAUCAAGAUGGCGGGCCGCUGCAAGCCCGGGUACGAUCCUCGCAACGGCUCCCCAGACCUGCGGCUGCGUACCUGGUACCUGACGGCCAUGCUGCUCAAGCUGGGCUUCUGCCUGACGCUGUGCGCCAAGCUGGAAAAGCUGGCCGACGUAAAGCUGACGUUUGUGUGCAUCCCGCUGUGGACCAUGUUGGUGGGAGCACUGGUUGAACUGGGGCUGAACAUCUUUCCUGAGAGGAGAGAGGCUUGAGAAGGAUCAGACAGCUGUUUAAAACCGCAGCAUGAAGCAUCGCGCCGACGACAAACCUUUGUAAAAGUAUGGCAACAGGUGAUUUGUGUUUGUGCGGCCACGACUUUGUAACAUUGCCUAUUUAUGUUCCCAGAGAUGACUCAGUCUGGAGGAAGAGUCAGAUCCUCAUCUCUGUCAUUUGUAUUCAUCUUCAUUACAAGAGACUUAAAUGGUAGACCUCAGACCUCGGCGGACGGUGCUGGGCUUCGGCAGAGCUGGGACUCUGCCGUUUGUGUCAAAGAAGGGCUGCUAGUGAAUUCAUUUAAAACAGUCAGAACAGCUCAAAAGUGGCUCUGUUUUCUUUAGCAGCUGAAUCUGUGAGACUACUGUGAAGCAAACACUGGAAAAAAAAACAUUAACAUCCUCUUAUGCUCAGUUUUGUUUUGAAGUCAAGAUGUCCAGUAUUGUUUUCUAGUGUUUAUUUUUACUGUAUAUAAGCGACCACAGCUGCUGUUGUAAAAAGAAGAAAAAAUCCCUCAGUGAGGAAGUGAAUGGGGAUUUUUGACUCUGCGUCCUGUGUUUAAGCAUAACUACCAGAUCGCAGAGUGGAAGUUUUGUUUUAUAUGUUUUAGAUGCUGUGUGGCUGCAUUUAUGCACAGACACUUUUACUUGCUCCUAGAGUAGUUUGCCUUUUUUUUUUUCCCCCCAGUUAUAAAUUAAUUUCAAAAGUGUUCAUGACAACUGCAAGUUUGGCUGCAAGCACCACACAAAGAAAUAAAUAACUUGGACAUCUGAUAUUCUCUUUUCCGCCGGCUACUCCCCUCGGCCUCGGACAAGGUCUCUUUUGUAUUCUGUAAAUCAUCAUGUGUCCCAUUAAAGUCAGUAAGCUCUUAGUCUGUCUCUGCACUCACACUAAAGUCCAAGGUCAAUAAGACAAAGCUUCCCCAUGAGUUAUAUUAAUUUAAUCACAUUCCUACAGAGGUUUAAUUGUUGAGCUGUAAACUGAAUCAAACUGUCACACAGGGCUAAACAGGGCUGCAGAUUUUCUAUUGUUGUUGUGCCACUGUUUCAUAUUCCGACUUUACAGCCGGCUCUGCAUGAGCAAAAUUAAUUUUGUGCCAUUGUUUCAAAUGCAUUCUUUACAUUAUUUUGCACUCUAUUGAAAAGAAAGUGUUCUGAAAUUGCAUGCAUGUGUUAUAAUGUAAUAAUAAACGACCAGUUUACAUCACA